AUGACAAUACAAGAGAACGAGACGGCGAUGGGUCCCAAGGACCUUGGAAUCGUCGAGAAAAAUGCCAUGGUCGAGGUUGCUGAGGUCAAGGACCUAAAUCUCAAGACUGCCGAUUUGGCUAUGGAAGUGGCAUUUCAGUCCUAUGGUAUGGAAAUUGAUGAAGCUACCAACAGAAAGAUCCUUAGAAAAAUCGAUCUUUAUGUAUGUAGUCUCAUGUGUAUUGUCUAUGCUGUACAAUAUUUAGACAAGGUUACCAACAGUUUCGCGUCCAUUAUGGGACUAAGAACUGAUCUCAAUAUUACUGGAUCACAAUAUAGUUGGAUUGGUUCCGUGUUUUACAUUGCCUAUUUGGUUUUCGAGUUCCCAGCUUCUUAUUCUUUACAAAGAUUUCCGAUUGCUAAAACCGUAGGCGCUUUUGUUAUCGCCUGGGGGUUUGUUCUGUGUAUGACUGCACUUCCCACGAACUACGGCGGCUUCCUUACCACCCGUAUCUUUCUCGGUAUGUUGGAGAGUGCUGUUACUCCAGCUUUCGUCUUGCUUACGUCUCAAUGGUACAAGUCAGAAGAGCAGUUCACACGCACGUCUUUCUGGGUUGGCUGUAAUGGACUGGGUUCUAUUAUCGGUUCCUUGACUGCGUACGGUCUAGCUAAGAGACAAGAGGCUGGAACUCUACCAAUAUCUGGAUGGAGAUUGCUGUUUGUUAUUGUGGGAGUUGUGACUAUCGCUCUCGGAAUUAUAUUUAUUUUGGUCAUUCCAGAUGUCCCUGCAAAGGCAUGGUUUUUAACUGAAGAGGAAAAGCUUUUGGUAGUUGAGAGAAUCAGAAGUAAUAAACAAGGUUUUGGUAACAGAAAAUUCAAGAUGGAUCAAGUUAAAGAGGCAUUCACAGAUGUUCGUUUAUACUUGAACUUCCUAGUAAUGGUUCUUAUUGAUAUUCCUAAUGGAGGAAUGACCAAUUUCCAAAGUAAGUUUUGCUUGUAUUUUAAACAUUUUAAAACGAAAUCUGAAAAAAAGAAAGAUUGA